CAUGCCGCCGUAUACCACAGCAGGAAAACUGACCCUGUUCAGGAAGCGGGUAUCUCCGUUUAGCCAUGCAAGCGCUGUGCAAGGCCGGCCUUAGGUGCCUUUCUUGGGGCGUCCGGAAUGUAACGCCGUCAUUUUCCUCCAGGCUGCCCUACUUGAAGAUGGUGCCUACUAUGUCGUCGGCCGCGACCGUCGCCUUAAAAAGCACAGGCGGACUAGGCUCUGCAUUGCUUGGGAGCGAUGCACCGGACUGCCCUAUUAAGCCCGGCACGGUGCUUGGCGGCCGACCACGCAGGGGUCUGUGUGCCACUCCGGGGAAUCGGAGCUGCUGGAGUUGUGGGGCGGCUCUGGGCGCCACCCCUGUUUUCUUCUGCCCGGACUGCGAGGUGGUGCAGUCCCCCGAUGAUCGUUCGACCUACUUCGACAUUAUGGACUGUGACAAGUCAUUUUCAGUAGACAUCAGAAAGCUGCAGCGGAGAUACAUACACCUUCAGCGAUCUCUCCACCCCGACAACUUUAGCCAGAAGUCUCAGAGAGAACAAGAGUACUCGGAGACACAGACUGCACUAAUAAAUAAAGCGUAUAGGACACUUCAGAAACCUUUAAGUCGUGGCCUUUAUAUGCUGGAGCUAGGGGGCGUGCGUCUGGAGGAAGAGACGGGUUCUGUGGCAGAUCAGCACCAUCUCCUGGAAGUCAUGGAGCUGAACGAGCGCCUGGCAAAGACACAGAACAUAGAGGAAGCCAACGACAUCGGCCUUUCAGUCAGAGGCAAGCUGGAAAAUCUGACAGAACAAGUUAAUACAUCCUUCCGGAAAGGAGACCUUCAGUCUGCAAAAGUUCUUCUGGCCCAGAUGAAGUACUUUGUAAAUGUUGAGGAGAAGGUGAAGGAUAAACUUUCCGAAUCCUUGUGACCUCAACUUAAUUGUGUGUUUGGUUAUUCAUGUAUUUAUUUUAUGUAGGUAUUUAUGCCAAGCAUAUACACAAGCAUAUAUUUCUGCUGUAUUUUUAAAACUGUUUAAAUUGUGUUAAAGAACAAAAUGUGUAAAUAAAUGUGUUUUUUUUAAAGUAAUCUUAAUGUUUGUUGGCUGUAGUUGACCCACAAUCUAUGUCCAUUGAGGAACCAUGUCAUAGCCUAGGAAAAUUUGUUUAAUUUGUUUCAAUUUUGAGGAGUUGAUUUUUUUUUCUUUUGAUAGCCAUUGAAUGACGCGGCCUUAAACCAAGCAGUAGAGCUCUGCCUGCAGUUUUGUAGCUAUACUAUCUUCAGGAAGUGUAUCAUAUUUUAUUAGCCUCUAAUGAAGAUUGGUUGCUUGGCUUUGUUAUUGAAUAGAAACAUUUGUUCUUAGACACAGUUUAACAGAUGUUGACCUAUGGUCAAUGUUUGUUAAUGUUUACUAUUACAAAUCAAUCUUCAGGUAAGUGUUGUUUUGUUUGCUGUUGGAUAUUUCCUUUUAAUGUACAAAUCAAUCCCCAGCAGUUAAUUAUUUGGUAGAAAGUGUUCGAUAAGAGCUCAUAUUGUAGUUGUCUGCUGUUUCACUAAAACCUAAUUGUUUAACAUCCAUCACAUUCAAUUGUUCAUCCAUCACUGCAUCAUGAGGGGCCUGGACCUGUGAUGUGUUUGGUUUGUUCAGGGCAUAAGAACAGAUUUACCUAAAAUUUAGUUUUUGUCGUUGAACAACUGAGGACCUCAGAGACAAGGCAGCAUCUCUAGAGAGAUUUGGGUUAAGGCCUUUGUUCAAAGGCUAAGUGUGACUUGAACUUUCCGAUCACACCCUGGAUGGGAUGUCAGUGUGUCACAGGACACACAUACUAAUGCAGUCACAUGCAAUGCAUGGUGGGAUACAAGGUAUCUAAAUUGCAGGAAGAAUUUUACACAGGGAGAACAUUUAAACUCAUCACAUACAGAGCCAGGGUGGGAAUAAAACCCCUAGCUUAGGAAAUGUAUCUCAGUCACCAUAGGCCCUGAGCCACUGUGCUGGCCCCGUGAGAGACUAUUCAGAGAAAUAAAUAAGCAUGCUAAAUGACACCGCAUUUCGAUUUGCCUCCUGAAAUCGUUAGUAUGGUUUUAAAGCAUGGUUAUGUAAUGCAGGGUACCAGAAACAUCACGAAAAAGAAACCUGGCAAAGUACAGCCGUCCUGAAGAUGAUUCAGUGUUUGGUUUUACUGUGGUUUUGCUGCUUUGUGAAAGCUAAAGUAUAAGUGCUAUUUGGGAAUGGGUUGCUUGGGGGGGGGGGGGGGGUGUGCAUUUAUCACUGAAGUCGGUGUAUACUCAGUCUUUUCUAGCUUGUGAGAAGAGUAACCAGGAAAUUCACACACAAACCGCUAAGGUGCUCAUGGAUGAGACUCAAUGUACAGUUAUAUAUCCUAAAUCAUUCAGACAUGAUGCAUAAAUUAUAAAACCGGUUAUACAUGAGCUGAAAGUAAUAUGUUCUACGCAGUUAGUAUAUGAAAUGACUGCCACUUAGGAUGACCGUGGCAAUUUACUGAGAUCAUCAGUGUCGUUAUAUAGGAUUACUUGGCUGCUCUUUUUCUUUCAUGAGAUGCUAAUAGUUCUUUAUUAAUAUCUAAUUAAAAUGACCUUCCCUUACACUAAUUCAAGUAUGAGGACUUCAUAUUAAACAUCUCAGCCACUG